AUGGACGGCCUCCCAGAAAAUGUCUUGACAGAAAUGGUAUCGUUCCUCGAUUUCGAAGCCUUGGUUCAUCUUCGGGCGACGAACCACUCUUGGAAACAACGUUGUGGAAUCGAGUUGAAAGCGAUGCAUGACACAGUGGUGACAGAAAAAGUCGGGUAUCAAAUAGACAGCAUGGAAAAAGAGGGGAUACCAUACCAAUGUGCCACUCUUCUUGAGACGACAGAAUGCACCUUUGCAUCCUUUCAGGACUACGCGUUGGACGUUCCUUUGUGCUUGACGCCAUUACAAGAUCCAAAGGAUAUGGAACAUGCCAAAGAACUGCUGCGCACGAGAGGUGUCAUAUCUGAAGCUGACUUUGACAAUUCGGAGAGCAAAACCAACCAUUCGGAUGGAAAUUCGAGUACAGAUGAUAGAUGGCAGGUCAAAGUUGAAACGAUGCGGCAAUUGUCAGUCAAUCAGGCAAUGGAAAUCCUCACGGCAUUUGGGGAGGAAGUAGUGGAUGGAGAGUUUUUGGCCAACUUUUCUCGUUUGAAGCAGCAAGCAUUCUGCCUGUUCCUCUUUGCUCAAAGGACAAGAAAUGGAAUCCAAUAUACAAGCUAUGAAAGCGUCAACACUGCAUCCCCUGCCAAAUCAUGUGAGAAACAAGGCUUAGUCUGGUUUCAAACAGAUGAUGGUGACAGACCCAGAUCAAUCAGCUUGGGUUUGCUUUAUUCCAACCUAUACUUGGUAACCUUUUAG